CCACAGUUGGACAGGGUGAAGUUAUCACUGAGUUACAGAAGGGGACACUUUGUUUUGGAUUGUUUUUUCUUCUCUGCAGCAUCUGAGAAACAAAAUCAAAUGAAGAAUCAUCUAUAAUUGUUGUUUUAGUUUUUUUUUUAAAUCAGCCUUAAAAAAAACCCUGUUUCUUUCACCAUCACUCUAAAUUGGACUUAUUUAUUAUUAUAACUUUUGUAAAUUCAAAAAAUAAAGAAAGAAAGAAGAUGUGGACUUUCCUGGGAAUCGCGAGCUUCACGUACCUGUACAAGAAGUCGGACACCGUCCUGUCCCUGGCGCACACGCAGCUGCUGGCGGCCGCAGCCCUGCUCCUCGCCGCCGGGCUGCUGCUCUCGUACGUGCGCUUCUUCUGCGACCAGAAGCUCGGAGUCUCUCGGCUGCUUCACUUGCCCCUGAGCCUGCUCUCCUCCGUGCCCGUCGUCAGUCGCCUCGUCCCGCACACUGCACCGCGGAGCAGCCAGGGGCCAGGGGCCACCUGCAGACAGAGCCGGAGAACCAGGAAAAGAGCCGGCGUGGAAGCCUCAGCCGCGGAGAGCGAGUCGGCCGGUGGCCCCUCAGCGGCGGCGGCCCCGGAGCCGGAGGUGGUGAUAGUCGGGGCCGGGGUGCUGGGCUCGGCGAUGGCGGCCGUCCUGGCCCGCGACGGCCGCAGGGUGACGGUGGUCGAGAGGGACCUGAGGGAGCCCGACAGGAUCGUCGGCGAGCUGCUGCAGCCCGGAGGAUACAAGGCCCUGAGGGAGCUGGGCCUGGAAGGUGCAGUGGAGGGCCUGGACGCCCAUCAGGUGAACGGCUACGUGAUCCACGACAGGGCGAGCAGCACCGAGGUGGAGAUCCCCUACCCGCAGGAGGAGGAGAGCAUCCAGUGCGGACGCGCGUUCCACCACGGCCGAUUCAUCAUGGGCCUGAGGAGAGCCGCCCUGGCCGAGCCCAAUGUCACAUUCGUGGAAGGCACCGUGACCAAUUUGCAGGAAGAGGACGGCUGCGUAACGGGACUCCAGUACAAGGAUAAAGAAACCGGCGACCUCAAGGAAAUCCACGCGGGGCUGACCGUGGUGGCCGACGGCUGUUUCUCCAAAUUCAGAAAGAGUCUCGUCGCUGGGAAAGCUCACACCUCCUCUCACUUUGUAGGAUGCCUCAUGAAGGACUGUCCCCAGUUUAAGGCCAACCACGCCGAGCUGGUGCUGGCCGACCCGAGCCCGGUGCUCGUCUACCAGAUCUCCUCGUCGCACACCAGGGUGCUGGUGGACGUGCGGGGCGAGAUGCCGCGCAACCUCUCGGAGUACAUGGCUGAGAAGAUAUGCCCGCAGCUGCCAGAGCACUUGCAGGAGCCCUUCAUGGUGGCGCUGCAGAACGAUCGACUCAGAUCCAUGCCCGCCAGCUUCCUCCCGCCCUCCCCCGUCAAUAAACCAGGUGUGCUCCUCCUGGGCGACGCGUACAACAUGAGGCAUCCUCUGACGGGCGGAGGGAUGAGCGUCGCCCUCAACGACGUUCGCAUCUGGAGGAGUCUGCUCGACAACAUCCCCGACCUGUACGACGACACAGCCAUGCUGCAGGCAAAGAAAAAAUUCCACUGGGAACGCAAGUCAUCCCACUCUUUCGUGGUGAACGUGUUGGCCCAGGCCCUGUACGAGCUGUUCGCCGCCACUGACAAUUCUCUGCACGAGCUGAGGAAAGCCUGCUUCCAGUACUUCAAGCUUGGUGGAGAGUGCAUCGCCGGACCCAUCGGACUUCUGUCGGUGCUGACACCUAAACCCAUGACCCUCAUCGGACACUUCUUCGCCGUGGCUCUGUACGCCAUCUACGUCAACUUCAGGUCCGAGUCCUGGAGCACCAAACCUCGAGCCUUCUUCAAGAGCGGAGCCAUCCUGUACCGGGCCUGCACGGUCAUGUUUCCUCUCAUCUACUCUGAACUCAAGUACCUCGUGUACUGAAGAAAAAAAAAGAGAAGAGAGGAUCUAGACUCACGUAGGUCUCGACAAAUCUACGGCUUAUAGCUGGAAACAAAACUCGAUUGCCUUUCCUGCUGAAAAGAAAAAGAGGCACUCACACUUCUCACACCAGGAUUUUUUUUUUGCUACUGAGGAUGUUCCACAAAAGUGCCGCUGCCUUACUGACGCCCUCAUCGUCUCACUGUCCGCCCCGACGCCUUGUUCCGAGUUUGGACAUGUCAUGCCGCGUGUUUGUGUUUCGCCCCCCCUAUGCUCGAUGGUCGCGCCACACUGUGCAUUAACGCUGAAUAUUCAGUUCCAUGUGGAAUUAUAUUCCUGCCAAACCGAAUCCCCACGUGGAACACGGCAGCCGAGUUGCAUAAUUCUGCAAAAGGCCCUCGUUUUUUCUGCUGUGUCUUUGUGUGUAUUUAAUAUUGGGAUCAAUCACUGAUUAUAUAUAUAUAUAUAUAUAUAUAUAUAUAUAUAUAUAUAUAUAUAUAUAUAUAUAUAUAUAUAUAUAUAUAUAUAUAUAUUUUGAAUACAAGAAUGCCUCAUGAUGAGAUGACAUUAAAUAGAAAGCUGUUUUCAUUGUAUUUCACACAACAAUCUUCUGUUUUAUCAAUAUGUUUCCAGCAUUGAGCAAACGGCCCUGCAGCACUUCUUGUGUUUGUCAAACACAUUCCUUCCUGUAAUGGUGGUUGCCUUUUUAAAGACUUUUUUUGCGAAAUGUGACGGAAUCUGAGAAGGAUCCUCUGCGCUGGAUGUCCGCAAGUUUGGAUUUGACCCGGAGCAGAGUCUCAGAAGGGACGAUGCUCACGUCAGCGGAUGACGCUCGCGUGAUGUCUUUUCAUUCUCCUGAGCCGACGAGAGACGAGGAGCUCCCGCAGUGCAGACCACCGCAGUCGCACUGCUUACUGUGUUUACCUGUGCCUGUUUUGUUGAUUGGCCAUUAAAUAAAUCACACGUGACACAC